AAUCUUCCCUCAGAAAUCAAGUCCGACCCCAUGGCUAAUGCUCUUCACCCUCUCCCCAUCUACGGUAUCACCGUCGAUUUUAGCAAGUUGAAAACGAAUAGAGAAUCUGCUGAAGUACGGAUUGGCAAAUUCAAUUCGCCAAUUAAACGCGCAGAAGGAAAGAGUUUAUGCGAGACGUUUUCUCCACCCAUAAUGUUUUCUCGCGGGGAUAUAUUUUCCUUACAUAUGACAUUUUCCUGGCAACUGGUGGACAAGAAUACAUCAAGUUGUAUAAAAAAAUCCGGAUCGUCGUCAACCUUUCCGGCAAUACCUCAACUAAAGCUGAACAGGCUGCCUCUUCCGGCCAAAGCUCCGGGCUCCUACCUACAACUUCCGCCAUAUUUGAGAAGUGUCCUAGGUUCCGAAUUCUGGUAAUAGGAAAGGUAGGUGUUGGGAAGUCAUCCCUGAUCGACCAGGUAUUUGGAGUAGACAAACAACAAAUCAUCGAGCACGAUAAGCCAGGCGAGGCUAUCAUCGACAAGGAGUUCACCUCACCUGAGAACGACAGGUUCGUUCUCCACGAUAGCAAAGGUUUCGAACCAGGGGAAGUAGAAAACCUCACAAUAGUCCGAAAAUUUAUCGAACGUCGGAGGAACAUGCCGGAUUUGAAAGAUCAGCUGCAUGCUGUUUGGCUUUGCUUUCAGAUACCCCAUGCAGGCGGACGUCUACUAGAGACAGGAACGGAGGAUUUCUUGAAAUCGAAACGUGAUGGAACCCUGGGGGACGUUCCCGUUAUCGUCGUCCUUACUAAAUACGAUAAGCUCAUCGAACACGUGGAGCGAACUCUAGAUGAAGCUUCUCUCGAUGAAUCGAGCGAUAAAGCUUUGGAUGAACUCGUCAAGAACAAAGCAGAAGCAGAGGUGCAGGAUACCUGCAUCGGGCCUCUAGAGGAAUUUUCAGGGUCUGAUAUCCCCCACGCCACGAUCUCCACCGAAAAAGGCUACGAGGAGACGCUCACCCAUCUGAUUGAAAUAACUGAAAGUUGUGUCAAUCAGCAUCUUGCACCCGAGGCCGCGGUGAUGACCUCCGUCGCCCAGCGAGUGCAUCCUGGACUCAAAAUAGAUGCAUUAAUUAAGAUUGGCAAACAAAGAUACUGGAAGGCGCUCUCAUCAUGUCCAAUGUUCAAAAAACACCAGAUGCAGGAUUGUCUACGCGUGCUUCAUAACGACAUCAUCGAUGUGUGGAACUUCCGUGACCCUCAUCAUUACUUGCGCAGCCAAGAGUUCAGGGAUUUGAUGAUGAAAAUGGCCGAUAAGACACAAGCUGGAUCUACAGCUAAUCCCAACACGACCUUGAAAUUUGGGUUAUCCAUGGUUGGCACUAUUGCGGGCAUCGUGUCCGCAUUAGCGGGACCUGCAGCUCCCAUCGUAGUACCAAUCGCAGCAGGCGCCGUGGUCGUCGUAUGGGUUCGCGAUGUAUACAAGAUGUCUCACGUGGUGCUUCAGCGCUUCAUGGCCUACAUUAUGCACUUGACACUUGUGUUGCAGACACUUUUUAUCGUGUCAGAAAGCCGGGAACUCACUCGUAGGGCCAUCAAGCUCGCAGUCAAAUCCUACUCCGCCUCCUCAAUAAGCGAAGAGGUUCUUACUCGGAUUCAGGAUUAUGUUGGGGGAUUGGCUGUCUUGGAACACGCGGAUAAGGACACCUUGGACAAAAUCGAAGAGAUGAUGCAAUUUUACAAGAUCGAUGGGGCACAAAUCACUGAACUUGCAGCACAAAUGUCCAACCUUCAGACAAAUAUUUAUUUGUUACCAGACGAACCAUGGUAAAUCGAGAAGUCGUAGCACUCGAUUGUUUCUUUCUUGGAUGGUUUGGGCGUGGGCGGUGUUCGAGUGUUGACGCGAUUACAGACAGUGCUCGCUUGUACUAUACAACUGGAUUUACUAUACCCGAUCGUAACAAUGUAACCUAUGCUCUACUGUGUUCUAUGUACUUAGUGCUGCUAGAUUUUACUCGAGCCUCCAACGUGCCGAGGUAUUGUAACAGUUCAUAAAAACUUGGCCUCACGCACGAACAAUCAUUCGACCCCUUUUGAACAGGCCAUGGUGCACUGGAUUUAGAUACUUGGUGAGCUAAUGAAAUAUAAUAAUGAA